GGAAGAAACAAGAGUGCGGCGUGAACAUGGGGAAGCAAAAGAAAGCAAGAAAGUAUGCGACCAUGAAGCGAAUGCUUAGUCUCCGAGAUCAGAGGCUUAAAGAGAAGGAUAGAUUGAAACCUAAAAAGAAAGAAAAGAAAGAUCCCAGUGCACUCAAGGAAAGAGAAGUCCCCCAACAUCCUUCCUGCUUAUUCUUCCAAUAUAACACACAGCUGGGCCCACCUUACCAUAUCCUUGUUGAUACCAACUUUAUCAACUUUUCCAUUAAAGCCAAACUUGACUUAGUACAAUCAAUGAUGGACUGUCUCUAUGCCAAGUGUAUCCCUUGUAACUGUGUAAUGGCUGAAAUUGAGAAGUUGGGGCAAAAGUAUCGAGUGGCUCUAAGGAUUGCCAAGGAUCCACGAUUUGAACGAUUACCAUGCACACACAAAGGAACCUAUGCAGAUGACUGCUUAGUACAGAGAGUAACUCAGCACAAGUGUUACAUCGUGGCCACAGUUGACCGGGACCUUAAACGAAGGAUCCGGAAGAUCCCUGGAGUUCCCAUCAUGUACAUUUCUAACCAUAGGUACAACAUUGAGCGGAUGCCAGAUGAUUAUGGAGCCCCUCGGUUCUAAUUCUAACACUCUAAAGAUAGAGUUCCUCUGCCUUCCUUUACCAACUUUUUCUGUUGCCAGUUCAUGUACCAAUAUGCUGUAACAAGAAUUAUUCCCCUUCUUACCCAUUUGCUCUGUUAUGAGCUGAGUAUGGUUAAAUACACUCACUUUUGAUGUU